AUGCCCUUCCACCACGGACACCAUCGCCAGGUGCCGAGUGCGAGCGGUGGCAUUCUCAGUGCUGCGAUCAACGCCGCUUCCAUCGGCGCGCCAGGCCUGAACCUUCAUCGCUCGCCAGGCACAUCCACCACCUCCACCACCACCAGCAGCGGCACCGAUUCCUUUGCCCAGCAGCCCCAUGACGAGACCUCCUCCGCGAACAGGGAGCUGAACAACUACAGCCAUACCCUCGCCCAGAGCCAGAGCCAGAGCCAGAGCCAGACCACCGACAUCAAACAUGCUAUGACUAUGGCCCACCCCAGCCGACUAGCCCACGAUCCUGCCGCUGCAGCGCCCUUGUCAGCUUCUGUGUCCUCCGCAUACGACGCCAAACACCCGUUCACCUCUCCCCAACGGAACAAUACUCACACACACACCCAGCGCGUCUCCGACGAUCUGCGCAUCCCCUCCAACGCGCCCUCGCUGUCGUCGCCGUACGAUUACCACCCUCCCCAACACCAGCACCAGCAGCCGUACCACCCGGACCCGGCCUUCUCGCGCGGCAUAGCUCCCUCGUUCAAUCUUCAGCAGGCCACUCCCCAAAACCACCAGUCCUCUACCGCUCUGCCCUCCAACGCUUCCUCGACCAGUACCCUCCCAGGCGCACUCCAGCCGGCCGGGGGUGUAUCGCGUCCCGCUCCGUCGGCCUCCUACACCGCACCUUCGACGGUGCCGACGAUGCAACAACAGCCGCCCAUACAGACCAACGCUUCGCAGUAUACUCAGUCGCCCUCGAGAGCAAACACUCUGCACAGCCAUUCGCGGAGCAGCCCUGGAGACAUGGACGGCGGUCACAAAUACAUCCCCUUCAAUCAAACUCCCGCUCAGACGCCUGCGACCUCCAAUCCGAAGGCAUACAAUAUCUCCAAUGCACACACACCUUCCGCUGGGCCUUCGCACAGCCCUCUCAACUUGACAGAUAUUCGUUCGCGAGCCAUAUCCGAUGCCAAUGAAGGAGCGCAAGGCACCGCCUUUUUCAGCUACUCCGACUCACCGACCAACUCCAACUAUCUCGCUCCAUUCCCUACAUACGCUUACGAUUGGUGCAAAUGGCCAGUAGUAGGUGGAAGCAGUGCUGGAAAGAUGGCGGUCGGAAGCUAUUUGGAGGAUCCGCAUAACUUUAUUCAGAUCUUGGACACACAAAUAAAGCCGCAAGAUGCAGCCGGGCCGGGUCAAGCGCCGUACGGACUGGAGUAUAGCAAAGUGGCAGAGGCGACAUGCGCAUAUCCGGUGACAAGGAUCCUAUGGGAGCCUCCAAGUUCGCAAAAGACGAGUACCGAUCUGCUCGCGACGAGUGGGGACCAUCUACGAUUGUGGAGUCUUCCGGCGCCUGGAACACCGCAUACGAGCAACAACAUCAACCGCACCGCUACAGCGAAUUCUCGGGAGCCUCAGCCACAGAAGCUGCAGCCGCUUGCCCUCUUAUCAAAUAGCAAGACACCCGAACACACCGCUCCAUUGACAUCACUGGACUGGAAUACGUUGUCGCCGAAGCUAAUCAUUACCUCCUCCAUCGACACGACAUGUACGAUCUGGGAUAUACCUACAUUGACUGCCAAAACACAGCUGAUCGCACACGACAAGGAAGUCUUCGACGUGCGGUUUUGUGCCGGAUCCGUGGAUGUGUUUGUCUCGUGCGGAGCGGACGGCAGUGUGCGUAUGUUCGACCUGAGGAGUUUGGAGCAUUCCACCAUUAUUUAUGAGCCGGCCGAGAAGAGUGACAAGGGUAGGUUCUGAAAAGGAAGAAAUCCGUUGCGACAGGUUAGACUGACUGCCUGUGUAGCUUCUUCUCCCGUUGCAUCAUCACCCUCGAAGGCAGGGCAAACAUUGACCCCUGCGCCACCGCUGCUCCGACUUGCAGCUUCGCCGCAUGAUGCACAUCUUCUGGCGACUUUUGCCUCCGACAGCAACAUUAUCCGCAUACUGGACGUACGGCAACCCGGGACCGCGUUGCUGGAACUUCGUGGCCAUGAGAGUAACCUGAACAGUAUUGAAUGGAACCCGAGCCGGAGAGGAAUGCUCGCAUCGGGUGCCGACGACAGCCUUGUCCUCGUGUGGGAUCUGUUGAACUCGCAGAACCAAGCUUCCGUGCCCGCGGUCAAUGGCAACGGAAGCGGCCCGAGCGAAACGCAGGGCAAAGGCCCCUUCGCAAGCUGGCGGUGCGAGUACGAAGUCGCCAACGUCUCGUGGGCUCCGCAGAGCAAUCUCACGACUCAGGGCGGCGAUUGGCUGGGCGUAUGUGCGGGCAGAGGGGUCUGGGGAGUGAAGCUAUAG